AUGGUGCCCCAGCAAGUAUCAGAAGUGCGGUCUUUGACGCCUACGUCGAGCGGCGUCCCGGUGUUUGGUUCGCAACUGGUCGACAAGAACUCUUCCACACCGUACACUGAUGCAACUCAGACGAAGAAGAACAACCCUAAUCACAUCAAGAGGCCAAUGAAUGCGUUCAUGGUCUGGUCGCAAAUCGAGCGCAGAAAAAUAUGUGAGCAAACGCCCGACAUGCACAAUGCCGAGAUUUCGAAAAACUUGGGACGCGUCUGGAAGACCUUAAAUGAUGAAGAACGGCAGCCAUUCAUUGAUGAAGCGGAACGUCUCAGACAGCUUCAUAUGCGCGAGUACCCUGACUACAAGUACAGGCCUCGUAAGAAGACAAGCAAACCGGCGCAGAGAACCGGAGCAGUUACAAAACAGAAGCGCAAACAGCGAGCAGAUUCGAAUAACAACAGAGGAGUGUCCAGACGGCGAACGCGACCCGCGCCAAGUGUUCCCAGCAUUCCGAGCGUACCUGUUGAAACACCAGCUCCACCACCACUGCCGGCUUCCCCCGCUGGAUCGCCAGACUCUCCUGAAUCUGCUUGCUUCUACGAUGAUAGCACACGUCGCGAGCAAUCAGACCUUACGGAUCUGUACUCUAUUACUGACUUGCUUCCGUUACCAACGGACUGCGAGGUCGAUUUGGACGCGUUGACAACUGACAUGGAGUCGUUCGAGACCGCGUCUUCCUCCUCUGGCUCGCACUUUGAGUUCUCGUGUACGCCGGAUGUUUCCGACAUGCUCAGCGAGAUAGGCGUGGCGGGCGACUGGGUUGACCAUACGUUUUCCUCGUACCUCACGUAA